AUGCCGACCGCGAAAAGAUUGAAAAGCGAUGCAAAGUCUAAGUCUCGCGGUACCGAACCACGACCAACCAUUGCCGACUUGGAGGGCGAGAGCGAGUUCGCCCAGCUUGCAAGGCAACAUUGGCUGAAGACUACUAAACGAGCUAAGAGAGUUAAGGUCAAGAAUGAGAUACUGAAACGUGAUAUUUGGGAUGUGCUCGAGAAAGAUAGUUUCCCCUACAGGUUAUUACUUGUACUCGAAGGAUUACAGACCCUCGAAAGUUACCUUUGGCCUGGAUAUUCCGAAGACUCAUCUAAUUUCCACGUCCUCCUAAUAGUCCUGAUAACGAACGUCAAAGCAAGGGAAAGACUUGAGACAUGGAGCAUCUUCGAGGACCGUCCAGCCGAGUUCUCGAGUUUAUUCACCCGCGUGCUCUCUAUGACUCUUGAUCAGACGCUAUCUCUACCGAUACGAACCCACCUACUUUGUUUUACCAUAUACGCCUUUCAGAGCCUUGAUUGGGCAAGUGUGAGAAAGGAAUGUGCCCCUUUGGUUUCUAUAGGCAUAUGGCACAAUCUUUCUACCGAGUCGAAACGAGAAAAUAAAUUGGGUCAAAAUGCACAGCUCAGAAAAGCCUGGAAGGCGGCAGGCAAAAGGUACGACUCGGCAGAUGAUGCAACCAAGGCCCGGUUACGAUUUGAGAGAGCCUGGCUUUAUACUUUGACACUGGACUUUCUACGUUUGCUCUACGACGAGAAAAGAAAAGAAGAACAUGUCGUCUAUUGCGAGCGAUUCGUCGAAUUUAUUUCCGACUUGUUGAGUCAGCUUCCAACAAGGCGAUACGUCAACACUUUGCUUCAAGACCUACAUAUCUUACCUGCUCUACGGCUUUCCCCCAUGUUUAACGACGAGGAAAACGGGUUACUUCGUGAUCAAUAUUCUCUAUUGAGUCAUUAUGUUCACUUCACUAUAGAUGAUCAGACAGGGGCUCAACAUAGUCGAACAGAAGCAUAUGAUCGACAUUGCGCCAAGCUUGCAAACCUCCAGCGAACAUCAUUGCGAUAUUUCAAGGAAAAGCUAACAGUAUUAGCGUUGUCUAAUUACGGGUCCAUAGAUAAAAGGAGCGAACUGGAAAAUCUUCUAGAGGCUCUAACAGAUGAAGAGAUCAAGAGACUUGCUACUUUGCUCGAGCUUCGAACAGAAUACCCCGAGUCAGUCCAAGUUACUAUCAAUCGGUCAUUUUUGAUGGAGAUUCUCUUAUCGACCUACGAGAAGCGCAAGACGUUCCAAGAGAUUGCUCAAGAUAUCAACAUUCUUCCGACUGAAGAUAGCCUUUUCGAUCAAGAACUACUAAGGACGGAUAACUAUGACGGAUCUAAGCCGCUUGCACUUCCUAAGCUCAAGCUACAAUACCUAUCAGUGGGUGAUUUCCUAUGGAGGGCCCUGGUGCUUUACCGCUGCGAAGCUUUUUACGGUAUUAGGAAAGACAUUGGCGAUGCGUUGAGGCGGCUACGACCAGAAUCGAAACGUCCAGGAGAGACAACAUUCGCCGGCUUUUCGAGAAUGGCUCUUCCCAUAUCUCGGCCUUCUAUUAUCGAAGUCGUGCCACCACGCGUUGGCGAUGAUAAACCUUCCGCUGUUAAUGCUGAAAUUUCGCUCGACGUUCGUCGGCUUGCUGACAACAUUCGAAGAGAUUGGGAUUCGUUACGCCCGGAUGAUGUAGUAUUUCUUGUUGCAGUGGAUGCUUCGGUGUCAAAAACUAUCUCCAACGGGGGCGCUCACGCAAUCUCCGAAGCGCAAAAAUUAGGGCUGAUAUCUGUGCGGGCUGCCGAGGUUGCCCAAGUCAUGGAUGAUAAAGGAAAAUCUAUUAGAGAUCCUACCACUUACUUCAGCGGGCAUAACAGAUCACCAACAAGAAGGCUACAACUAAGAUUAGACCCAAAAGCUUACAGAGAAGAUUCAGAUCGAAUCUCCAAAGGCAAACCAGACGUAUACGAGCGAAUCAAUCUAAUCGUCCGGCGAAGCGGCCGAGAAAAUAACUUCAAGCCUGUGUUAGAAUCUAUUCGUAGCUUAUGCCUUUCAGAAGUACCCCUAGCAUCCUGGUUACACGAGAACUUCCUUGGCUACGGCGACCCUGCCGGCGCUACGUAUAAGCAUCUGCCAAACCGAAUUGGAAAACUCGACUUCAGGGAUACGUUUUUGGACUGGCAACACUUGGUUGCGAGUCUACCUGGAAAAACCAUUGAACCAGGCUUCAAUGUGACCGCAAGCUUCGGUCCUCCUUACGUGCUAGAGUCAGUGGAUAAACCCCCAGAAGAUAAAACGAUCAAACCCUCUAAGAAGCGAAGAAGGGAUGCCGUGCCCGCUCUAAAUUCCGAUAUUGAGACGUAUAAUGUCUCUACAUAUAAGCCGCCUAAUACUGGUCCAUAUCCCGUCGAUGCCCCAAAGCUGAAUAGCGUCCGUUUCACACCAGCUCAGAUUGAUGCGAUAAUAUCCGGCACUCAACCCGGCCUUACCGUUAUCGUUGGCCCGCCUGGGACGGGCAAGACUGACGUGGCGACGCAGAUCAUCAACAACAUAUACCACAACUUCCCCGAGCAGCGCACUCUGCUAGUUGCACAUUCUAACCAAGCUCUGAAUCAAUUAUUUGCGAAGAUAGUAGCUCUGGAUAUUGAUGAACGACAUCUUCUUCGUCUUGGUCACGGAGAAGAAGAUCUCGACACUGACGGGAAUUUCAGUAAGCAUGGCCGAGUGGAGUCUUUCCUUGAGAUCAGGGAUCGUUACCUUCAGGAAGUAAAUCGUUUAGCAGCUAGUAUAGGUGCUCCUGGAGCCCAUGGGAACUCUGCCGAGACGGCGGGAUAUUUCAACUCUGUCUACAUUAAACCUGCCUGGGCCAAAUUCACCGAGAUAGUCAAAUCGGAAGGUUCUUCGGCGACUGAUAUCAUCGAUGCCUUCCCGUUCCAUAAUUACUUUUCCGAUGCCCCUCAGCCCCUGUUCCCCUCGGAGAGCGAUCGAGAAACUGUGCUAGACAUAGCUAAUGGCUGCUACCAUCAUAUAUCAAAAAUAUUUUCCGAGCUAGAAGAUGUCUUACCAUUCGAGAUCCUACGGCGAGAUCGAGACAAGGCCAACUAUCUUCUAACGAAUGAAGCUCGCAUCAUUGCCAUGACAUCAACACAUGCCGCAAUGCGCCGCACUGAGAUUGCCUCCCUUGGCUUCCACUACGACAACGUGGUUAUGGAGGAGGCGGCCCAGAUUACUGAAGUUGAGAGUUUCAUUCCUUUGGCUAUGCAAAAGCCUGAAGGUGGACAGAUGGCCCUACAAAGGGUCGUUCUCUGCGGUGAUCACUACCAGAACUCCCCUGUCAUACAGAGUCUUGCCUUUAGACAUUAUGCCAAUCUUGAGCAGUCCCUUUUCUCUCGAUUCGUCCGCUUAGGAGUGCCUGUUAUCACACUCGACCAGCAAGGGCGUGCCCGUCCAUCCAUUGCGGCGUUGUACCAAUGGAGAUACCCCAACCUGGGGAACCUACCGCAUGUCGAAAGCCUGAAAGAGUUCCAAACUGCCAAUGCCGGAUUCAAAUAUGAUUACCAGUUCAUCAGUGUCCCCGACUACAAGGGCCAUGGAGAAGUUGAACCGACGCCUCAUUUUAUUCAGAAUCUAGGUGAAGCAGAAUACGCAGUUGCUAUAUACCAGUACAUGCGGCUCUUAGGCUACCCCGCGUCGAAAAUCAGUAUCCUUGCCACUUACGCUGGUCAGCGGGCCCUUAUCAAAGAUGUGCUAUUCCAUCGAUGUGCAAAGAAUCCUAUAUUCGGUUUGCCUAAGAUAGUUACAACUGUCGAUAAAUACCAAGGCGAACAAAACGAUUAUAUUAUCCUUUCACUUACGCGCACAUCGAGGGUCGGCUACCUUCGAGAUAUUCGGCGUCUUACUGUGGCGCUCUCUCGUGCCCGACUCGGAUUAUAUAUCCUUGGUCGAAGAGAGAUUUUUGAAGCAUGUUACGAGCUACGCCCAGCUUUCGAGCUGCUACUUCAACGGCCAGAUAAACUUACCCUUGCAACUGGUGAGAUGUGGCCUUCGGAGCGCAUACAGGCGGAAGAAGACGGGACGGCCGUACCUGGCGAAGCGGUAAUGGAAGGAAUCGAGCAUCUGGGCCAGUUUGUCUACGAAAUGACAACCACAAAAAUAAGUCAGCUACGUGCGGAGCGCGGCUUGCCGGGGACGGUCGAUCCACCCGAGCAAAUAUUGCAGCCUGUUGCGGAGGAAGAUGAAGUUGGUUAUGUUGGUGAGAGCGACGAAGAAGUCGACGAGGACGUGCCAAGCGAUAGAAUUGAGGCUGAGGAAGCAUAG